GGGAGGUGGGCGUGGCCAGGCCGGCGGGGUGGAGGAGGAAGCUGCAGUCCAUCUGCUCAUACCUCCCUUCGCGCGCAACCGCGACGUCCUGACUGAGUCGAGGGCGAUGAGAGAGGCGGGCUGCGACUAAGGAGAGAACACCGCCAUCAUUAUUACCACCACAACCACGACGACGACGACGACGACCAUCACCUACCUCGGCCCCCACACCCGUGACGUUUGACGCGGCGUGACGCCUGAGCCAGCCCCGCCGCCAGCAUGUCGGUGCUCGCCCUCCAAGAGUACGAGUUCGAGAGGCAGUUCAACGAGGAGGAGGCCAUCCGGUGGAUGCAGGAGAACUGGAAGAAGUCCUUUCUCUUCUCCGCCCUCUACGCCGCCUGCAUCCUGGGCGGUCGCCAUGUCAUGAAGCAAAGGGAGAAGUUUGAACUGAGGAAGCCUUUGGUGCUGUGGUCCCUCACACUCGCCGUUUUCAGUAUAUUUGGUGCCGUCCGCACCGGAAGUUACAUGACGUACAUCCUGAUGACAAAAGGGCUUAAACAAUCUGUCUGCGACCAGAGCUUUUACAACGGACCGGUCAGCAAAUUCUGGGCCUACGCGUUUGUACUAAGUAAAGCACCAGAACUUGGUGACACGCUGUUCAUCGUGCUGAGGAAGCAGAAGCUGAUCUUCCUGCACUGGUACCACCACAUCACGGUGCUGCUCUACUCCUGGUACUCCUACAAGGACAUGGUGGCCGGGGGCGGCUGGUUCAUGACCAUGAACUACCUGGUGCACGCCGUCAUGUACUCUUACUACGCGCUGCGGGCGGCCGGCUUCAAGGUGUCGCGCAACUACGCCAUGUUCAUCACGCUGACGCAGAUCACCCAGAUGCUGAUGGGCUGCGUGGUCAACUACCUGGUGUACUCCUGGAUGCAGCGGGGCCAGGAGUGUCCGUCGCACAUGCACAACAUCGUGUGGUCCUCGCUCAUGUACCUCAGCUACUUUGUGCUCUUCAUCCAGUUCUUCGUCGGGGCCUACGUCGGCACGUCCAAAGCACCCGCCGCCGCCAAGAAGAUCAAGUAGAGCACAAAAUUAAAAGGGAGAAAACGUGUGAGGAUGAGUCGGGGUCUGAAGCUUGUAUGAAGACAAGAUGGCGGGGAUGAAAGGUGGAUGUUUGCACUUAAUCCUAAUGUGAAAAAGCUAAAAUAACCCAAUGGAAGGAAGCAACGCCACCGUGACAAAGCCAUCGCGACUAAAAAAUGACCCUCAUAGUCUAAAUCACAUGAUCAAAAACUCUGCCACAAGUGUUUACUUGACUUUUAAAAAAAAAAAACAUAUGAAAGAUGAAAUAAGUGAACUUUUGUUUGUCUGUCCAGUGUUGUUUUUUGCUCACCUGUCAAUAAAGUUCUUAAUUUUGA